CCAGCAACACCAAGGGCAUUACCCGUCGGAACGUAAAAGUGUGUUGUUUCUACACGAGCAUUACAGAUUAGAGCACCGUCGGUCAAACAGUAAACAGUGACAGCAGCUCAGCUGUCCUCUGACGGCAUGUUCUCCAAUAAGUUUGGCCGCUUCUUGUUCGGGUUGUACAGCCGUAAAGCGGCCGCUGUCUGCGGCGUGACCCGGAGCGGCUUCAGCUGGACUGCGGUGUGCAAACAGCGGACACUGUGGCUGCAGAGGAGCGCCUGCGUGGAGACCCCGCGGAGCACCGUGCCCUGUCACACCAGUGUUCGAUCGGCCUCCCAGACCACAGUGGACCCCGAUGAGGUGAGGAGGUUCCAGUCACUGGCCAGCAAGUGGUGGGAUGAACAGGGGGAGUUUGCAGCUCUUCAUGCCAUGAAUGACCUGAGGGUGCCUUUUAUACGGGAUAAUCUGCUGAAUGUGCACACCACGCGUCAUCCCGGGAAACCACUUGCAGGACUCAGAAUACUGGAUGUCGGCUGUGGAGGAGGCCUGCUCACAGAGCCCCUGGGUCGCCUGGGAGCCAAUGUGUUGGGUAUAGAUCCAGUAGAACAAAGCGUCGGCACAGCCCAGCUGCAUUCUUCCUAUGACCCGGACCUUCAUGACCGGGUCUGCUACCGGGCCUGCACACUGGAGGAGCUCUCCGCAGUGGAGGAGGAGGAGGACGGCCAGUUUGAUGCCGUUGUAGCAUCCGAGGUGGUGGAACAUCUGGCCGACCUGGAAACAUUCGCCUUCUGCUGCAGCACUGUGCUGAAGCCAGGCGGCUCACUCUUCAUCACUACCAUUAAUAAAACCAACCUGUCAUACGCGCUGGGUAUUGUUGUAGCCGAGCAGCUGCUGCGCAUCGUCCCCAGCGGGACACACGACUGGGAGAAGUUCAUCAGCCCAGUAGAGCUGGAGCGCCUCCUGGAGUCCAAUGGUUUCUCAGUGCAGUCUGUCCAAGGAAUGCUGUACAACCCGCUAUCAGGAGCCUGGUGCUGGACUGACAGCACCGCCAUCAACUACGCCCUCCACGCUGUCAAACUGAGAGACGACCCCCAGCCGGACCAGGCUGAGGAGAGCGGCUCACACCCAGAGGAGCACACUGCAGCCACACACAGCUGAGCCGAACAACUGGAGAACAAGUCGGAAAAUAGAAAACAGUCAGAGCAGAUGAGUGGAGUCCCUCCCACCUCCAGCCUGAGGUUACUGAAGGAAAGGGAUGAGAUAGAAUUAGAGAUGUGCUGCACCAAGAGUAGAGCUGUUUGUGUUGUUGUUACAGACUGUCAGUGUUUGAUCAGCCAUGCACAGCAACUGCACAUCCUCUGAUCACUCUCCAAUCAUCAUUUACAGUAUUGAUUUAACUGAAUCAGCUUCAUAUUUAUGUUAUUUUGUGAUUUGCCGUAUCGUCUAUUAAACCUGUCCUUUGACGAGUUGCUGAAGAGUGAAAA